AUGCGUGAUGUAGUUGAAUAUUAUCGAGUUCGUCAAAACAUCAUGCAUUUGCAGAUAGCCGGAUCGAAAGAGAACAGCGACAGCGGUGUUUCUGAAAACGGCGUUUUGACUAAAUCCCAGGCAUCGAACAGCAGCAGCAGCAGUAGCAGUGUUAGCAAGGAAUUAUUGCAUUCAGCGGUGCAGCAGUUGAACUCAUCAAUGAAUCGAUGUGCAUUUUAUAUGUCUCUAAGUGGUGAGGUGCGCAAGCCUUUAAUCAAAUUCAUUGGUGCUCGAUUACCCCGCCCUCACUAUGAUCGUUCGGCAUAUCCGCUGCACAGUAAUUCUUCCUCGUCUACCCCUCAAAGCAAACCAGCUUCGACGAUAACGCUGAAAAGCAGUAUCCCGCGUGGGCAGGGCCUUGAGGAUUGGCAGUUACCGGAAGCACUUCGUCGCAAGCCAAUUUCUGAGUACGAAUGCCGUGUUAUCAAUGUAGGCGGCCUGAAUGCUUGUUUUGUCCAGCGCUCGCUGUUGGCCGAGUUUGGCUCCGACCAUCGGCAGGGCACUGUAUUGCGUUUCCUCGGCGAGCCAAGUCGAUUUACCGAGGCA